ACUGUAAUCUUGAUAUUACACUGUGACCUUAAAUUACUCCCGAUGUGAAUAUUCAUUUAGAAUAAAGGAAACCAACUUGUGCACAUAUCGACUGGGCACAGGUGUAAGAUGGCGAUAUUUUAUUUCGAUCGAGGCAUAUUCGAAAAGUUUCCAGCGGAGAUAUGUUCAACAUUAUCCCUCGACUAGUGGAUAAACAAUCAGAUGGCAAUCCCAUGGAGAGCACAACAGCAUCGACAAUAUCAAAAUGCGCCAAUCUGUGUCAGAGGAACACUUCCUGUUCCGUGUUCCGGUAUAACAACAACUCUCAUGAAUGUGGACUGUACAGCGGUCAGAAUUACAGAGAUGUUGCAGCAGACGUCGGGAGCGGACACUUCCAAAAAAUGCCGAGCGCGUCUCCUUGUACACCUGGAAUUGACGAGUGGUUUCCAGAUUUGGGUCUAUGUAUCUAUAUUCACACUGACCCUAUUCCGUACAGUGCCGCCCAAACUGUAUGUCACGCAAUGUCCAGGGAAUUGGUCAACCUGCAGACCACGGCAAAAUAUCUCACCAUCAAGGAACUUAUGUCUCAGUUAGACUUCAAUGCUGUUCAUGUGUACAGUGAGCGAAUUGGCACCAAUUCCUACCAGUGGCAGGACGGCUCUCCGGUCAUUAACCACUGGUGUCCUCAGCAGCCGUUUGAGAAUAGUGAUUGUCUGGGAAUGUUAGUGGAUUACUGGUGUCUGGACUGGGGACUGGACGACAGCACAUGUCCGACUCAGAGACGCUUCUUCUGCGAAUAACGAUCCGUUUUCCUGUUUAGCAAUUUUUGGAAUAGUUCAACAGUAAGGCGAACAAGUGAUUACAAAUAUUCUUAUUGUGGUAACAGUUUUCUCUUAAUCAAAGAAAUUGACUGGCAUAGCCUACAUCCAUGAUGUAGAUUUGUUUUCUAACGAAAAUACGCUGAAAGCCUCGUGAAAGUUCUUUGCAAAGAAUAACCCUUGUCAUUAAAUAAAUAAAUAAUCAUAGUUAAUAUACUAUGUUAGACAUCGGGAUAAUUCAUAUCACAAUACGCCGGUUUCGAGAUACGUCCGAGUUAUUUCCCUUUGGAGAACUCUCGUACAUAGUAAGGCGCGAAAGAAUUUGUUUACUCGCGGAAGUGGGACAGAUAUUCAUCACAGCGUAAGUGAAUGUACUCAGUAAGUUUCUCAUACGCUGUUUGAUAACCCGAAUUCGACUGAUAAACAAACUAAGUAAGUGAUAAGUAUUUAGCGAGUAAUUAAAUACAUAUAAUUCUUAUCCUAUCACGUUAUUUCGCUGGUCAUAAGUACCAUAUCCAAGAUAUUUCUUCAAAUAUGACAUUGUUUGUAUGUUUCCUCUUCGGUAAAACAUUUCUUUCGAUAGUAUUUAGUAUUUCCCACAUUUACAUAUUUAAAGAGAAGCCGCUUUUAAUACAUUUCAUCGUCUUCCUCGUUGGCUGCAUAUCCACUCUGUCCCGCUUAGGCAUUCAAAGUUCCACUAAAUGCACCUCCUAUACAGAAGAGUUCCUAUCUCGAAACAGGCGUAUUGACUACCAUGAAAUGUCCGCUUGGUACUGUCUAUCCAUUUCACCAAAUUAGAAAUAAACAAUCGCCCUGAAAAUCGAAAUAUCAGCGAAUUCUUAUCAAUCUGUCAUAAACAUCUGAAAAUCGAAAUACUCAUUGCUGGAGUAGUUACGAAUUAAAAUUGAAAAACACGGGUUUUUUAUUUGUUCCGACCAGGGUUUGUCUACCUAUUUUACAAAAGCUCCUGGAACAUUUACAAUAAUGUAAUCACACAUUGAAAGUGAAAUAUAUGUCGUAUUCUUUUAAAUCAUGGGAGGGUGUGGCACGAUAAAGAUCCCUCCCUGCUCAAAGGCCGUAAGCGCCGAGCAUAGGCCUAAAUUUUGCAGCCUUUCACCAGCAAUGGUGAUGUCUCCACAGGAGUGAAAGAUUCUCAAAAGGGACGUUAAACAAUAUAUAAUCAAUCAAUCAUUGUCGCUACAGACAUUAUGGAUGUAAAGUUGAUCAUUUUUUAUCAUUAACACACAUGGAGAGUGUAUAUAUUUCUAAAACAAUUUAUUGUU